UUUAAAACCAUUUCCGUGCAACCUUUUUAUGCCCGAGACAGUAGGAGGACAAGAGAGCGAGGGCGACCAAUAAAUUCCUAUUUUUCCCACGCGAUUUUUUUCUGGGAUUCCCCCGCCUCUUGUUCCAAUCGAUUGGUGGGCGUCCUCGUUCUUGGCUUCCUCGAUCGAAUCCGUGGGAAGCCAGAAAUUAUUCUCUUCCUGCUGCGUUUGUGAUUUGUGUUCUUGAUUUGUUCGCGAGGAGCCACCAUGAGCGCCGGAAGUGCGAGUUUUCUCGAGAUCCAGCCCUCCGAGCUGGCAUUCCCCUUUGAAUUAAUGAAGCAGAGCUCGUGCUCCAUGCAACUCACCAAUAAGACUGACCAGUAUGUAGCGUUCAAGGUCAAAACAACCAACCCAAAGCAGUACUGUGUGCGCCCUAAUAUUGGUGUUGUACUACCUGGAUCGACUUGUGAUGUCACAGUGACAAUGCAAGCACAGAGGGAGGCACCUGCUGAUCUGCAGUGUAAGGAUAAAUUCCUAGUUCAAAGUGUUGCAGCUGAGAAUGGUGCCGCAACUCAAGAUAUUACUGCACCAAUGUUCAAUAAGGAGCCAGGGAAGGUUGUUGAUGAAUGCAAGCUGCGUGUAAUAUAUGUUCCAACAUCUACACCUGGCUCGAUUUCUGAAGAAUCUGAACAAGGAAGUUCUGCUCGUUCCUUUGAAAAUGGGACCCCUAAUUCCACAAUGCCACAAUCUGUAUUUAGAUCUUCUGUUGAUACAACAAAGGAGAAGUCCUCCGAGGCAACUUCCAUGAUCUCCAAGCUAACUGAGGAGAAGAUGUCUGCUGUUCAGCAAAACCAGAAGUUGCGACAAGAGUUGGACCUUCUACGCAAAGAGAGCAGCAAAAGCAACGGCGGUUUCUCGAUCACCUUCUUGAUCAUCGUGGGUAUUCUUGGCAUCGUGGCUGGUUUCAUCCUCAAGAAGACAUAGAAGAGGUAGUCUCCAACAAAGUUUUACUCCCCAGGAAAGGAUAGCAACAUGUGGGGUGCCCUAUCCCUUGUGUUUUUCCUCCUAAAAGGAGCGCCUGUUCUAACUUGUAACAUCAGCCCCACCUAGAAGCUUUGGUUUGUGUACAUUACGUGGUGGUUUUCGUGAUUUUAUAUCGAAGUAGACUUGUUUUAAAUCUUAACAGUCGCAACCUAUGUCACAUUCACCAUAACCUUUAUUCAUUCUGAUCUCGUAUUUUUGGUACCGUUUC